AUGAACAAAGAAUUAUUCUUGCGUAUUGUCCAUCGCCUCUCACAAUACAUUCCAUUCUUUCAACAAAGAAGAGAUGCAACGGGGAGGUUUGGUCUUUCUCCACUACAGAAAUGUACGGCAGCAAUUCGUCUCCUUGCUUAUGGUAAUGCAGCUGACGCGGUUGAUAAAUAUCUCAGAGUUGGUGAAAGCACGGCAAUUUCGUGUUUAGAGCAUUUUAAUGAAGGAAUAAUCCGGUUAUUUGGUGAUGAGUAUCUACGAAGACCGACAACAGAGGAUCUUCAACGACUACUCCAUAUUGGAGAGAUACGCGGGUUUCCUGGGAUGGUAGGAAGCAUCGACUGUAUGCAUUGGAGGUGGAAAAAUUGCCCAACCUCUUGGAAAGGACAGUACACCCUGGGAUCAACAAAACCAUCAAUUGUCUUAGAGGCUGUAGCUUCACAAGAUCUUUGGAUAUGGCACACUUUCUUCGGUCUUCCAGGUACCUUAAACGAUAUUAAUGUCCUAGAUCGGUCUCAUGUCUUUGAUGACAUUAUUCAAGGUCGAGCUCCGAGGGUAGAGUACAUGGUCAAUGGACACAUGUAUAAUUUGGCGUACUACCUAACAGACGGUAUUUAUCCAAACUGGUCAACAUUUAUCCAAUCUAUCUCACUCCCUCAAGGUCCUAAAGCAGAGUUAUUUGCUAAAUUUCAAGAAUCAACCCGAAAAGAUGUCGAGCGGGCUUUUGGAGUUUUGCAAUCUCGAUUUGCAAUUGUAAAAAACCCGGCUCUUUCAUGGGACCAGGAUAAGAUAGGGAAGACUAUGAGAGCAUGCAUCAUACUACACAAUAUGAUAUUCGAAAAUGAACGAGCUGGAUACAACACUCAGUAUGAUACAUCUGAAUUUGAAGAAGGAGAUGUAACCAGCAGUUCACGGGUGCAUAAGUCUCGUGGUACGGACAUCCCUCCAAGCAUCACUGAAAUUCGUGCCAAUUGGGUUCAGGUUCGCGAGACGGAAACACAUCACCAAUUGAAGAAUGAUUUAAUUGAAAAUAUUUGA